AUGAUUGUGCUAACUUGGAAUUGUAGAGGUGCUCAAGGAAAAAAUUUCCGAAGAGCACUAAUUUUUUUUUACAGGAAAAACAAUAUUGACUUGGUUGCUUUGCAAGAGCCUAGAUGUAGCGGUUUGGUUGCUCGUAGAACCAUAAAAAGUUUGGGCUUUAACAAAUUUAUUAUCUCCGAAGCGAGAGGUUUCUCAGGUGGUAUUUGGCUACUUUGGAAUAAAAUAGAUAUUCAGGUGACUGUUAUCCAGGAAGAUUUCCACUUUUUACAUGUUCAAGUUAAAGAGGGAGGACUCGAUCCUUGGCUUCUGACUGUGGUUUAUGCUAGCCCCCGUGAUAAUGAGAGAAGUGAGACGUGGAGAAAGUUGUGUGAUCUUGCCGAAACAAUUCAUGAGCCCUGGCUUAUGAUGGGUGAUUUUAAUGAGAUAUCAAGCCCAGAUGAAAAAAAGGGGGGAGCUCAAGUUGACAUAUCCAAGUGUGUACAAUUUUCUAGUUGGAUUAAUGAGUGUAAUUUAAUGGAAGUGCAUACUGUGGGAACUAAGUAUACAUGGAGAGGUCCUAAAUGGAAUAAUCAUGACAGAGUCUCAAAAAACUUGACCGAGUUUUGUGUAAUGUGGCAUGGCGCUUAA